AUGGCGGCGGCCGCGGGCACAGCGAGGCAGGAGGGCGCGGCGCCCAGGGUGGGGCUGCUGUACGACCAGAGGAUGCUGGCGCACGCGCCUGCCUUGAACACAGAAAAGGAGACCCCCGAGCGGCUACGCGCCAUCUGGCGCAAGCUCGCCGCCGAGGGCGUCACCUCCAGGUGUGUGGGCAUGAGGGCGAAGGAAGCCAAGGAAAAAUAUAUAGCCUCUGUCCAUGCCCGGAAGCAUGUAGAUCUGAUAAGGAAAAUCAGCUCGAAGGAUAGUUCCGAUCUGAAAAAGACUGCUAAGAAAUUCGAUUCCGUUUACUUCAGCAAAGGCUCCUCAGAGUCUGCUUUCCUUGCGGCUGGUUCUGUCAUCGAGGUUGCUGAGAAGGUUGCGGCUGGUGAGCUGAGUUCUGCUAUCGCUCUAGUCAGACCUCCAGGCCACCAUGCCGAACAUAGCCAUCCCAUGGGAUAUUGCCUCUUCAACAAUGUGGCAAUUGCAGCUAACUACCUGUUAAAUGAAAGGCCUGACCUAGGUAUCAACAAGAUAUUAAUCGUCGAUUGGGAUGUUCAUCAUGGAAAUGGCACGCAGAACAUGUUUUAUAAUGACCCUCGUGUAUUGUUCUUUUCAGUGCACAGAUAUGGUUAUGGAAGCUUCUACCCUUAUGAAGCGGAUGCAUCACACGUUUUCAUUGGGGAUGAAACUGGUCGAGGGUACAACAUUAAUGUGCCCUGGGAGCAUGCGAAAUGCGGUGAUGCAGAUUAUGUUGCUGCAUGGGACCAUGUACUCCUUCCUGUUGCAGAAGCAUUUGAUCCGGAUAUAAUAUUACUGUCUGCUGGGUUUGACGCAGCACUGGGUGAUGAUAUGGGUGAUUGCUGCAUCACUCCAAAUGGAUAUGCACUGCUACUAACAAAGCUGUUAGGUUUUGCAAAAGGAAGGAUUGUGAUGGCCCUUGAAGGAGGUUAUAACCCUGAGUCCAUAGCAAACUCAGUUUGUGCUUGCGCAAAAGUAUUGUUGGGAGAUAAAUUCACACUUAACUCUCCAGAGAUGCAACCAUUCGAAUCUACAUGGAGAGUCAUACAAAUGGUACGCGAUGAAUUAAAGACAUACUGGCCUGUUUUGAGCAGUAAGCUUCCGGAGAACGUAUCUUUGAGGAGUACGCCCUCAUAUAUCCAGAUCCGCAUUGUCAAAAGUUCAAUAUUUGGUAUGCCAGCUUUGGUUCAAACAUGUGGAAACCAAGAUUCUUGUGCUACAUCGAAGGGGGAUUUUGGGUUGUUUGAUUGCAUCAUAGGAAAGACAAAUUAUUCUUUCAAAGAGGUUGAUGGUAUGAGUGUAUCAUGUUUUGGUUCACAUGACACAAGCCCACGAAGAGGUACCAUGUGGAAGAUGCUUGAGCAGUUCAAUGACACGUUUGAAGAGAACUGUUUAGUGAAGGAUAUCGGCGAAGAUGGAAAAAUCAAGUCUCCUGGCUCUCCUUUGAUUCGCUUGUCUGAAAUAGACUCUGCCUCUUCACAAAAAACUCUUCAUCUUGAACCUAUUAAGGAUAUCUGGUACUCCACGUGUAAAACCAAUGUACUCUUAUCUUGA